CAGAAGUGGACAAAAUAAUUGUCUUAAAAGAGGGAUCCGUUUGUGAUUUCGGAUCAUUUGAUGAACUGAUGGCCAAAAGUGGAGAAUUCGCUGAAUUUGUUGCCGAAUAUGUCGUUAAACAGGAAUCCGAAGACAUCGAUGAGAAAGAGAUGCAAAUUCUGGCAAAACUGAGACAAACAGAAUCCGAAGACAUCGAUGAGAAAGAGAUGCAAAUUCUGGCAAAACUGAAACAAACUGUGAAACCAUUGAUAGAAAAGCAAUUGUCCGUCAGAUCUACUAAUAGUGAGGACAGUUCUGUAUACACAAAGUGUUUCUCAAGAAGUGUAUCGACGAGUGAUACAAAUACAGACCACAAACCCAUAGAUAAAACUCAAGAAUUGUCUGAUGAAAGUAAAGGCAAACUCAUAGACAAAGAAGUGUCGGCCAAAGGAGGCAUCAAAAUGAGUGUCUAUAAGAAAUACUUCGGACUCAUCGGUGCCAUCAGUUUAACCGCCAUUUUUGUGGCGUUCAUUGGUGUAACGAUCGCGAACGCGGCGUCGGGUCUAUGGCUGAGCGAGUGGUCAAACGACGCGCUCGACCCACAACUGGCCAACAAUACUGCUCUACGAGAUCAGCGGCUAUGGGUCUACGCGGCCAUCGGUGGGGCCGAAGUGAUUGCUCUCAUUAUCGCACAGUUAUGGCUACGGCUGCGGUGCGUACGGGCGGGUCAAGUGCUACACAACCAGAUGAUGGCACGUGUGGUUCGGGCGCCCAUGUCUUACUUCGACACGACACCAAUCGGACGAUUACUGAACCGAUUCUCUAAUGAGAUGGAUAUCAUUGACGGCCAGAUUGUCUAUGUGUUGACCGGAGCUUUCCGCAACUUCUUUGUGGUAAUCCUUUCGUUGGUAAUGAUAUCAUUGGAGACACCAUUAGUACUGCUGGCCAUCGGACCCAUUAUUAUAGUGUAUAUUAUGUGUCAACGAGUGUUCAUCUCGAGCUCCCGACAGAUCAAGCGUUUUGAAUCCGAGACCCGAUCACCGAUUAUAAGUCAUUUGAGUGAGACUUUCAACGGAACGGCAAGUAUUAGGGCGUUCGGCGCCGACCACUGGUUUGUCCGCCAGUCAUACCGACGGAUAGACGCUAACAAUCAAUGUUAUUAUUUAAGUUCUUGUGGCGAACAGUGGCUACAGAUUAGGCUCAAGUUCUUGGGCUCAUUGAUAGUGUUUGUGGCGGUCAUUGCAGCUAUAAAUUUCAGGGAUCAGUUGUCGCCCGGUUUGGCCGCACUCGCCAUCAAUUACUCGUUGAAUAUAACAUUAGUUUUAAGUUCAUUUAUAACUAGUAUUAAUUAUACCGAGACUUUCAUGAUAUCAAUUGAGAAAUGCUUGGAAUUAACACAAACUCCU